UCUGUCAGCUCUCAACGCCUAUACUAUUGGCGCGGCGGCCUUUUCCCACAACCCCCCGCGGCCGCCCUCACACAGGACCAAAAUGGCGGACAGCGCAGCAUCGGUUGAAAUCGUUGAGGGCUGCCGCCUUCCAGUUCUUCGCAAAAACCAGGAGAAUGAGGACGAGUGGCCACUGGCCGAGAUCCUCAGUGUCAAGGACAUCGCUGGGAGGAAGCUCUACUAUGUCCAUUACAUCGACUUCAACAAGCGUCUGGACGAGUGGGUCACCCCCGACCGGUUGGACGUCAAGAAGCUCCAGUUCCCCAAGAAGGAGGCCAAGACGCCCACCAAGAACGGGCUGCCCGGCUCGCGGCCCGGCUCCCCGGAGAGGGAGGGGGUGAGGGCCGCCCCCGCCCCCCAGGACGGCCAGGCCGGCAGCGUCCCGGGCCGGGCCGCGUCCCAGAGCGGCGAGUCCUUCUCCGUCAGACCGUCCCAGGUGGCCACCCGGAAAAGUCUCGAUCUUAACCUACAAUCAGCCACAGCGCCGUCCAGAGGCAAAACCCUCCCCACACCGAAACGGAAAGCGGAGUCCGCCUCGCUGGCGACGCAGGCGUCCCCGGCGACCCCGGUGCCGUCGCUGCCGGACUCGGCCGAGGCCUCACAGGGGUCAGCGUACCCGGCAGGACGCCACGGCAACGCCUUCAACAACAAGGGGCGGGACGACCAUGACCCGCUGUCCCUGCUCACCACGAACGGCACGGCGCGCCGCCUCAUCCCCUCGCAGCCCGGCAGGAAGAGGAAGGCCAACUGCGGAGGAGGCGAUGAGAUGGUGAAGGUCUUCCAGUACGCCAGCCCCCGGUGUGCCAACGUGUUUCAACCACAAGCCGAGGACUCUCAGGACAGCUCGGACGGCGUUCCCACGGCGCCCCGUAUGACGGGCAGCCUGGUGUCAGACCGUAGUCACGACGACAUCGUGACGCGGAUGAAGAACAUCGACUGCAUCGAGCUGGGCCGCCACCGUCUCAAGCCCUGGUACUUCUCCCCGUACCCCCAGGAGCUCACCGCGCUGCCCAUCCUCUACCUCUGUGAAUUCUGCCUCAAGUACCUCAAGAGCCUCAAGUGUCUGCAGAGGCACCUGACUAAAUGCAAUCUUCGUCAUCCUCCCGGCAACGAGAUCUACCGGAAAGGCACCAUUUCCUUCUUUGAGAUCGACGGCAGAAAAAACAAAACGUACUCCCAGAACCUCUGCCUGCUGGCCAAGUGCUUCCUGGACCACAAGACGCUGUACUACGACACGGACCCCUUCCUGUUCUACGUCAUGACCGAGUACGACGCCAAGGGCUUCCACAUCGUGGGCUACUUCUCCAAGGAGAAGGAGUCCACAGAGGACUACAACGUAGCCUGCAUCCUCACGCUGCCCCCCUACCAGCGCCGCGGCUACGGCAAGCUGCUCAUCGAGUUCAGCUACGAGCUGUCCAAGGUGGAGGGCAAGACGGGGACGCCGGAGAAGCCGCUGUCGGACCUGGGCCUGCUGUCGUACCGGUCCUACUGGUCCCAGACCAUCCUGGAGAUCCUCAUGGAGCUGAAGCCGGACAACGGGGAGCGGCCCCAGAUCACCAUCAAUGAGAUCAGCGAGCUGACCAGCGUGAAGAAGGAGGACGUCAUCUCCACGCUGCAGUACCUCAACCUCAUCAACUACUACAAGGGUCAGUACAUCCUGACGCUGUCCGAGGACAUCGUGGAGGGCCAUGAGAGGGCCAUGCACAAGAGGCACCUGCGCAUCGAUCCCAAGUGUCUGCACUUCACCCCCAAAGACUGGAGCAAGAGGGGCAAAUGGUAGAGGCCCCGGCAGAGGGCCUCUGGAUCUCUCUUCACCCCGCUGUAACUGAAACGUUAGAUGAGCUCCAGACCCACAGGUCAGGGAGGCAGUAUUCAGAACCUUCUACCUCUGGAGAUAUGAACACCUUGGGGUGCGCCGUCUGUGUCGUGCAUUUCUCAGUUUUUAAAAAAAGAACUAGCGUAGAAUUCUAGGUGAACACUAAAUAUUGGAAAGGUUCCCCACCAGGGUGGGGAGCCUUUAUGCCCGGUUGGGGAACCUUUACGCCCGGGCGUGGAACCUUUACGCCCGGGCGUGGAACCUUUACGCCCGGGCGUGGAACCUUUACGCCCGGGCGUGGAACCUUUACGCCCGGGCGUGGAACCUUUACGCCCGGGCGUGGAACCUUUACGCCCGGGCGUGGAACCUUUACGCCCGGGCGUGGAACCUUUACGCCCGGGCGUGGAACCUUUACGCCCGGGCGUGGAACCUUUACGCCCGGGCGUGGAACCUUUACGCCCGGGCGUGGAACCUUUACGCCCGGGCGUGGAACCUUUACGCCCGGGCGUGGAACCUUUACGCCCGGGCGUGGAACCUUUACGCCCACAGUGAGGUUCUGGGGGGGGAGGGAUCGGAGCCCACAGAUAGGCUCAGGGGACGUUCGUCGUAUGCGAUAUUGGUUUUCUAGGGUUCAGUUGUGUGCGUUGGUUUUCUAGGGUUCAGUUGUGUGCGUUGGUUUUCUAGGGUUCAGUUGUGUGCGUUGGUUUUCUAGGUUACAGUUGUGUGCGUGUUUAUCGCUCGCUGAAGACAACUGUAUCUGUGAGAUUGGACGACUCAAACCCCCGAUAAACUUUCAACUGUAAUUAUUGUACAUACUGAAAUCGUUUUGUAAAAAAAAAAAAGCCAUGUUGAGCUGUUCAGAAUGUAUAUUAUGUGUACAGUUAUCUAUACAUACUUUUUUGUAAACUAAUGUGGCAUAGUAUUUGAUUUAAAGACUAUUUUGUGAUUUUAGGAACAUAUGUUUGUUCUUCUUUCCAAGUUCUGUUCAAGUCUGUUCAAGAAAGUGAAUGUGUUGUUCCAACCGAUUUUGAACUUUCUAAAUUUGGUUCCAGUAGAAAAAAUAAACGAUUUUUCAUUUUUUUUUUCAGUCUUGGAUUAAAAAAAUUUGAUUGUGU